UAAUUUGGGUCGUGUGCAUCUUCAGAUGCAGAAGUACACAAAUAUUGACAAGAUUCUAAAAAAUGACAACUAGCCUUGUAGUCAAUCUGGGGAAGUUUUAAAACGUUUAUCCAAACAGAUAAAACAUUAGAAGGAAAAUACACAUUAAGGGCCAUUUUGGGUCAAUUUUUUUUGCCAAAAAUGGAAGUUUCCAGAAAAAAUAAAAAUUCUCAAAAGUGAACAGUACCCUUGUAUUCAAUCUGGGAAAGUUUCAAAACGUUUUGCCAAACAGCUAGAAAAAUUAGAAUGAAAAUGCAUAUGGGUGGGUGACGUGGCGGGGUGACUGGGAUGCUGACUAGCGAGUCAAUGGCCAAAACCAAUCAAAAUUGUGUUCAAACAAGUUCAGGGCUGGUUUUUGUUCGAUUUUGGAAGUUGAGGCUGUAAUGUAGACAAUUUUGAAGUUCUGGUUGUAUCUUAGACAUUGAUGACAAUUCAGGGUUGUAAUUUAGACUUCUCUCUUAUUUUAUGUCGUGCAGUGCCUAAAUUACCUAGACUGUGACUUAGCAGGAUUAAAUUUUUGGCCAAGAUAUCACAAAACUCAGCUAAAUUAUACUUCCUCUGUAAACUAAUAUAAGACCUUUUAGAGCUGAUAUAAAAGGUCUUAUAUUAGUUUACAGAGGAAGUAUAACGCUUGUCUUUUUCUGCAUGUUUCCAUAAGGGGUGACCCUUGGACCCCCACCAUCUUCUGAAAAUGUACAAUGCCCAAGAGGGUUCCACACCCUCCCCUCCCUCUCUCGCUUACGUGAUGAGUUAGGAACAAACCCAGGAGGAAGUACAUUUUCUAGGCGGACACAAGGUAUAUAUGGUUGCGGCACACAUCUAUUAGGCGUUCAUUCGAUUCAUGUGGAUAUGAUUUAUCAAGGAGCAUUGUUAGUUGUUAUGCUGUGAUGGCCAAUCGCGCCAUUUUAAAUGGCCAUGGGAAAACGUAAAGGGCCGUUCUAUGAAGUUGAGUUUGUAUUCACAAAUGUAUAUUGCCUCUGUUUGCAUUGGACUAACAAAUAAUUCAACUGUAUUUCCUGGCAGAAGUCAAUGUGUCUGGUUAAAAUCAAAGAUGUUCCCCUCGAAGGCAUGCUCUCUACUUUUUUUGCAACAUAAGAUACAUCCAUUGUAUAUAAACUGAUAUGCUAAUAAGAUUAUCAUUCUCGCUGCAGUUACUACUAUUAAAUUUAUUGAACGAAAGCAAUGGUUUAUUGUUGGGCUAGGGCCUGGGAGUGGCAAAAUCUAUGUGUAUAGCUAUAAACCGGAGGUGCAGAUAAUCAGGAGUUUUCGUGUUAAGAGAUACUUAUUAGGAAUCAACUCACUGGCCGUUCAUCCAACCCAACCGUAUGUGUUGUCAUCAUGUAGUGGGUACAUACAGCUUUGGGACUGGGACAAGAACUGGGAGUGCAUCAAAACAUUUGAGAAAUUAUCCUAUUUUGGGAUGGAAUUGCAACUUGCAUUUAACCCAAAGGACACCAACGAAUUUGCUAGUGUUUCACCCGAUCUGACAGCAAAGCUUUGGAGUCUCGAUUCACCCAAGCCUAACUAUAUUCUGGCUGGGCAUUCAGACAAAGUGAAUUGUGUAGAUUUCUUCACAACUGAUGAUAAUCAACAGUAUUUGAUUACUGGCUCUAGUGAUAAGUUUGCGAAGAUAUGGGACAUGCAGACAAAAACAUGUGUCCAAACAUUUGGAGAAUUCAAGUCUUCGGUUAUUUCUGUUGUUUCCCAUCCCAGUCUUCCAGUUUUAAUUAUAGGCACAAGAGAUGGUGCUAUUCAUUUGUGGGGCACAAAUUUCAGGUACAAGCGACAACUUAGCAUUGGCGGUCCUGGAGGUGCUAAUGGUCUCACAUGUCUGACGGCGUUAGGAAGGGUUGUGAUGGGAAAUGAGUCGGCGCUAUUCAUGAUGGAGAUCCUUGAUGAAGAACCAGAUGCUCCUGUCGGAAGUGAAGAAGCAGUUGGUAGCUCGGGCAGCAAUUGAAAUUCCCAGUGUGGGAGACGGUCGAUUAUGAAAUCUGAAUUGGCUAGACAUUAGAGCUAUCGAUGCCAGAGAAGCCAACCAAGACCUCAAAACAAAAAAAAUCCAACCGAGAGUAGUGCAAAAAAGAAAAAACACUUCCAUUUAUGGCGAGCACGGGGCGAGUGCUACUCAACUUCAAAAGUUUUUCUUCUUCAGGGUUUUUGUAUUUGGGUGGAUACAUCCUUAAAUCUGGCACAGAUUCUGUAAGGCGCUUUUGAACCUCUCUGUAUUUUCGUUUUUGCAUCAGAUGUUUUUUCUUCUGCUAAAUUUUGUUCUUCUGUU